CACAACAUUGCCACCAGUUCUAGUGCCACCGUUAUACAUAGUCGUUUGGUCCGUCGUCCUUUUUUUGGGUUUCAUCGAGCUCUCUCCAUCCUGUCCAAAAACAAUUAAUGGUUCUCCAACCAAGAGAUAUUUCGGGGCUCCAAAUAAUCCAAUUUAGGGUUUCCAACGGCCAAAUUAGUUUCAUUCACCAUUUUCACAAUCUUUUUCCAUGUAGAACUUUGGUCCCUCGGUUCUUUCCCUCCCAUAUCCGAUUCAUUGAGUUCUUGUAGCUAUGAAGAAGGGGAGUUUUGAUGCAUGCGUCGCAGAAGAAGGGUUGGUUUAUCUCGAAAAGGGCUGUUCCAGCGAGGGGGAAUUGGCCUGCCCCACCGGAACCUGGGAAUUAUGGCGGUGUGGUUCCUUGCAAGGGGGAAGGUAGAGAGGUGAUGGUUGGCAACGCGAUGCCGCAUCCGGAGGAGCUGUCGUUUCGUCGUGAUGGUGAGGAUCGUGAUGGAGAACAGAUGGAGGCGGAGGUGUGGAGGCAGAUUAGAGAGGCCGGGUUUCUCGAUGAGGCUGUGUUGCAGAGGAGGGAUAGGAGAGCACUCGUUCGAAGAGUACUCGAACUUGAGAAAGAGCUUUAUCAGUACCAGUAUCAUAUGGGGCUCCUUUUGAUAGAGAAGAAGGAAUCAGCUGCUAAAUACAAAAAGCUAUGGCAAGAAAUGUCUGAGGCAGUGCAAAUCCAAAAGCACAUGCAAGCGGCACAUAAUGUUGCUGUUUCUGAAUUUGAAAAGAAAGAGGAAGAUAUGAGGAGGGCCAUGCGCUUUCAGAGGCAGUCCAUUGUUAAUCUUGAGAAGGCUUUGAAUGAGAUGCAUGCUGAAGUUGCUGAGGCUAAAUUGGAAUCUCAGAAAAAGUUGUUCGAAUUGCAUGCUCUUGAGGCCACUGUCGAAGAGAAAUACUUGGAGGCUAAAGGAAAGCUACAUUCUUUGAAUGCCAGGCUAGCAGAAGUUAGUCGGAAAAGUUCCGAGAUAGAUAGAAGAUUACAGGAUGUGGAGGCUCGUGAGUGUAAAGUUCAUAAAGAAUCCUCAUUCUUUAUCAUUGAAAAAAACACAUUUGAGAAGGAUCUUGCACAACAAAGAAAGGGUUUGCAAGCUUGGGAACAGGAGCUGCAGGAUAGUCAGAAGAAGCUUGCCAGGUGGCAUAGCUUUCUAAAUGAGAGAGAGAUGGAGGCACAUGAGAGAUGCAACACUCUUAAGAAGAAAGAAAAGGAACUUGAAGAGUCAUGGAAGACCUUGGAGGUUUUCAAUGAUUCAAUUAAAUUGAAAGAAGAGGAUAUGUUCAUGAGGCUUAGAGAUUUAGAUGCGAAAGAAAAGGAAGCUGUAAUAAAGCAGGAGUUGUUAGAGAAGAAAGAGAAAGAAUUACUUGCCAUCGAAGAUCCACUGAGCAAUAGAGAAAGUGUGGACAUCCAAAAAAUCAUUGAUGACAAUGAUUCCAUCUUAGAAUCUAAAAAAGAAGAGUUUGAGCUGGAAACUGAGAUGAAUAGAAGAGCUGUUGAUGAACAACUGAAAAGGAGAAUGGAUGUGGUGGCACAUAAGGAAAUAAUACUUGAGAAUAGAAAUAAAAAUAUUUUCAAGAGAGAACAACUUUUGGAGAGAGAAAUGAGGAACCUGAAGAACAGAGAGACAAAAGAUGACAUGAUGUUGAAUGAUUUGAAAGAAUCAAUUGAAAAUGAAAACGAACUGAGACAGGAAAGGAGCAAACUUGAGAAGGAGCGGGAAUUGUUCGGUGAGAGAAGAUUGCCACUAGUAGAAGAUUUAGACCAGCUCUAUGAUGAAAGAGAAGGGUUUGGUCAAUGGAAACACACUGAAGAGGAGAGAUUGAGAAUGGAGAAUUUGGAAGUGCUUGGUCAUGUCCAAAUGGAUCUAGUAGAUUCUAGAUUGAAUGAAGAGGCUUUGAAGGAUAAAACAGCAUAUCAGAAUAAGGACGAUAUUGAACUGUUUAUUGGUGAAAAUGCUCAUAUUGCUCAUGAAGUUGAUGUCUACACUAUGGAGAGGAACCAAGAGAAGGUUAAGGAAACUCUGCAUGAAAAGGAGAAUGAUCCUAACAGGAGAAGCAACAUCGUCCUAAACAAUUGCAACACUUGGAGCAGUCCAGAUGAGUCAAAGAUUCUAAAGUUGAAAGAGCCGGCAGAUCUGUUACAAGGUGAAAAAAAGUUCUUUCUUGGAAAGAAAAAUGAAGCUGGUCAAAUUACACCAAGAAUAAGCCAGGACAAUAAUGAUCAAGUAGAAGAACCUGCCACAAAAGGUGACUAUUUGCUUCCACCAGAUGAGCAGCUUAAGGCUUGCAGAAAUUGUGGAGUCGAGGAUGGAGGGGAGUCAAUAUUGUCUCGUGAGAAUGCUGAAGAAUCUGACCUGGAAGCACACACAUCGCGUAUGCAAAGAUGUUCAAGAUUAUUGAACUUUUCUCCUGAUAGAAUGACCACAGAACGUAGUGACAAGUCUGUUUGUCUUCAUGGAGAACCUUUAGGGCAUGAAGACAACCUUGAACCUGGGCCAUUGCCUGGAGAUGUUGAUGUUUUCCAGUGGGCUCAGUCUACUAGUGGAGUCCAGUACAGUGCAAUACCAGAAAGAUUAAACAAAGAUAGUGAUGCCACAAAAUCUUUCCUUGAAAUUGCAGAUAGUUCUGCAGAUAUUAUGAAGUCAUAUGAUAACCAAAAGUAUAUGGAAAAGCCUCCUUUUCCCUUUGCUGAUGAACAAAAGGACAGGGAGGGAUGUUCUGUCUUUCCUGAAUUGGAUUCUGUGCCUCAGCCUUCGAGACAGAAACAGUGUGAUCCUGAUGUGAGGAGGUCUGUAUUUGCUGAAAAUUCAUGUUCUGUUAAUGCACUUAUUGAUGAUGCCAACCUUGGUGAGACUCCUCAAAGUAAACACAAUGAAAAGUCCAUUUACAAAGAAAAAGGACUUUUCGAAGAUGAUUCUCUUGAAGAAGGUUCUUUCAGUGAUGAUCAAGUAGAAUUAAGUGAUGAGGAGUGGUACCUUUCUGAUGAACAUGAAACGACGAGUAUCGAGCUGGAAGAAGAAUCUGCUGAAGCUCAUUCCGAGGAUGUAUCAUCACUAGGAUGUUGCAGUAAAAUGGAAAAUUCCCCUGAGACAGAAAUCCCAGGACUAAAGCGCUAUAAUUUUAGACUCACCACAAUUGCGCGUGCAGUUGCAUGUCGGACUAAACGAAAGAAGAGAGAAGAGCUUGAGGUGACGCUUGAAUGCAAGGUACUGAAGGUUUUUGAGCAUGAUGGUGAAGAAGCUCAAAGUCAUGCAUGUGAUAGCGAGAGCCUCUCUCAGAAGUGAAACAAAAUUUCUCUGCCAAAACCUGUCAAAGGUAAUGUAUGUGAAGAUAACUCAGUAUGGAGAAAGAAGAUUACUUUAAUGAAAUUUGCAGACUAGAGUCAGAAGGCCAAUGAGGACAAAGCCGAAUGCACAUCGUGAAGUUGUGAAGAAUGCAUCACCCAGAAGAUGAUGCUUCAUACAAGAAGACGAUAGUUAUCUACUUGCAAAGUGACCAGAAACCUAAAGCUUCCUCGGUUAUCCCGGAAUUAUCUAUGCUGUCUGAGAAAACCAACAUAUCUCUGUACCUUUUUCUUCAAGUUGAUUAUUCUUUUAUUUAAUUCCUUCACAUCUCAUCACUAUUGAGAUGUCCACUGUAUAGGUUUGUGCAGUUGUGCAAUUCUUGUUGUCUCUAUUUCAGCUUGCAAAGUGUAAGAUGAAUAAUACUACAGAUGGCCUUCUGAUUGCUCUAAAGUCAAAUAUGCAUUCUCUGUCUAUCUUAAAAGAAAA